UCCUCUGGAAUCUGGAAUUUUUGCCGAAGCCCAGAGGACCAGAGGAAAAACGUUUCUCCCCUGAAGCUGUGGCAACUAUGGAUGGCAAGACCGAUGUGAAAUCCCUCAUGGCGAAGUUCAACACAGGGGGGAACCCCACCGAAGAUGCCCCGGGAAGCAACCGGCCUUUCAGGGUGGCGGGGCCAACCCCACCCGCCGCUGGACUCCAGGCCAGGAUGAAUGUCUUUGCCAAUCCAGGUAACGGUUCGCCGCCGGGGCCGGCCAUCCAUCCGAAGCUCGGCUCACCCAAGCCCCCCAUCGCAGGAAAGCCCGGCCUGGAAGAGAAGGCGGACAAGGAGCCGAGGCCCCCGUUUCUGAAGCCCACGGCCGGAGGCCAGCGCUUUGGGGUGCCGGCCAAGCCAGUCAGCAGAGACGUGGAGGGCAGGCCUGGGUUCCCGAAACCCAUGGGCCUCAGACCCAGCGAUCUGCCCAAAGAGGAGGCCAAGCCCAUAUUCCCCAAGCCACUGGGGAGCAAGCUGGCGGCCCACCCGGCACCUCAGGAGAGUGACACGAAGCCUUCCGGCAUGAAAGCGGCCUUUGGUCCCACCGCCCAAGAUCCCGAGCAGAAGCCCGUCUUCCCCAAGCUGUCCGGGGCGAAAGAGAAGUUCAUCGCUGCCUCCCAAGACCAAGACUCCAGACCACCUUUCCCCAAGCCGCUCGUUGGGCAGAAGCCUCCAGCCAGCCAUGUGGCCUCCCCAGCCGAUCAGGGCCCCAGUAGAAACAUCUUACCGCAGAAAGGACUCCCACCUCCCCAGGGCCCCAAGUCCAAAAUCGCUUCCCUCAUAGCAGCCAAAGAAGAUGGGGAAACCAGAGACCAUGGAGCGGAGGCCCCAAACGGGCCUUAUCCUGUGAUGAACCUCAAGCUGACCGUGACCAGAGGGACUCCUGGGCCAGGGGUCCUCAGGAACACCGAGGAAAAGAAGGACGAGCGGAUGGUAGAGGCGGCCAAGAUGCUUUUCGAGAACAGAACGGGACAGGAAGACUCGGGGCCUGGGAGCGCCACUCCACCCAGGAUCCCCAAGCCACCUUCCAAGCUGGCCUUGGGAGGACCCUGGGCCCACACUCAGGAGAAGGAAGGGGCCAACAGGAACCCAUCCGCCCCCAAACGGAAGGCCUUACCUGCUCCGUUCACCCUGGGGCCGGCCCCGCAGAAACCUGACCGACCUCCUACCGUCGACUUGGGGAAAUUCCGAAAACCCAUCUCUGGAAACAGCCCCAACAAAGCACCGACUACAUCUUACUCUCUGGCCACCCCACCGCCACCUCCACCAGCCCAUCCUGCCACCCAGCCUCAGCCCCCUCCACCAUCCUUCCCAACACAACCUCCGGCCCCCAGCUUACCUCCAAGGAACAUCAAAGUUUCCACUGAACCAAAGACUCCCAUAAGUGAAGAAAAUUAUGAUGACGUUGACAUUGACUCCAAUGGUCCCGGAAAUCCAGAUGAGGAUCAAGAGAGUGAUGGGGAAACAUAUGAAGACAUAGAGGCAUCCAAGGAGCGGGAGAGGAAGAGAGACAAGGAAGAAAAGAAAAGGCUAGAGCAAGAGAAAAAAGAACAGAGAGAAAAAGAAAAGAAAGAACAAGAAAUCAGGAAAAAGUUCAAAUUAACUGGACCCAUUCAAGUACUCCAUCAAGCCAAGGCUUGCUGCGAUGUCAAGGGGGGGAAGAAUGAACUGAGCUGCAAGCAGGGAGAUGAAAUUGAAGUCAUCCGCAUCACAGACAACCCAGAAGGAAAGUGGCUGGGACGGACAACGAAAGGGUCUUAUGGUUAUGUAAAAACGACGGCUGUGGAAAUUGACUAUGACUCCUUAAAACGAAAAAAACCCACUCUCUGUGCGACUCCGUUGCGGCCCAUCGAAGAUGACCAAGAAGUCUAUGAUGAUGUUGCCGAUCAGGACAGUAUCACCAGCCAUGGCACUGGUCAGAGUGGAAGUGGAGGUAUGUUCCCUCCUCCUCCAGAUGACGAAAUCUACGACGGAAUUGAUGAAGAAGACAUAGGCGUUAGCUCUACAUCACAGGAUGAAGACAAGACUAAUUCCUGGUCCUGGGGGCUUUUGAAGAUAUUAAAGGGAAAAGAUGACAAAAAGAAAAGUGUACGAGAGAAAUCUAAAGACAUUGACUCAAUCAGUAACGAAGGUUCCUCUUUUCCUCCUCCACCAAAGCAAUUUGGAGUGGAUACAGGAGAUGAUGUUUAUGAUGAUGUAGACUCCUCAGAUUUCCCUGCUCCACCAAUGGAAAUCAGUCCAGGAAUAAUCCUGGGAAAGUCGAAGUCAGAAGAGAAAGAUAUCAAAAAAUUGAAAAGGCAAGAAAAAGAAGAAAAAGAACUCAAGAAAAAAUUUAAAUUUGAAGGUGAAAUUAGAGUCCUUUAUUCAGCAAAAGUCAGCAACUCCCUAGCUGCUAAGAAGUGGGGAGCAAAAGAUUUGCCACUGAAGCCUGGAGAAUCUCUCGAGGUCAUCCAAAGCACAGAUGAUACUAAAGUGCUAUGCAGAAAUGAAGAAGGCAAAUAUGGUUAUGUCCUGAGAAGCUGUUUGGCAGACAAUGAUGGAGAAAUCUAUGAUGACAUUGCUGAUGGUUGCAUCUAUGAUAAUGACUAACUCUCUGCUGUAGUGACUGCUUUCUUCAUUAGUCCUGAGUUUGCAUCGACUUAUUGAAAUCUUACCAAAGAUGAAUGCACAAAAGCCACUGAGCAAUCAACCUUUAUUUUUGACAAAAUUCUACUUAGCGCCGUAAAAGUUCGGUCUCCAGAACUCCUUUCUAAUGGUCUCUGUUCAGCAUCAACAUCGUGGAGAGGUUCAUUAAUAAGACUCAGAAGUCCUCACCUCUCUUCUUCCUGCCUCUGGCUCAGACUGCAAUUUCAAACAGACAAGGAUGCUGCACUCCGGAGUUGCCGAUUUAGAAUGUCGAAAAUGAAUUUGACCAUCCCAGCA